AUGCUAGCGGACGUAAGGUCUACCGGGAAAAGCAGAAGGGCCUACAACGUGAAAUCGGAGGGUACGAAGUCUAUUCGAAUGCACGACACGACUAUUGGCCCCAAAGAUGUAGAGUUGGUGGACUGCUGCUUGAGAAGAAACAUCAUUAUCUGUAAUGGCUCUGCAACAGCUAGGUCCUUUGUUGUACUCAGCAUCAUUCAGCAAUUGCUCCAUAUGUCUCGAAGACCAAAUACUGGAAAGGGCUGGAAAAUGGUGUUUUUGAGCAGCAAUGAAUCAUCAUGUCAGCAGUUCCUCCAGUGCAUACAGAACUUGUGCCCAGUUGAUGUCUCCUGGUUUCGCCCUGACUCAGAUAGCAUUUCUAAUGAGGAACUCAUUGCCAAGCUCAUAAGAUGUCAUAUUGUGCUGAUGCCUUCAGAAGUGUUUGUUGAGUUGAACCUUCAAGGGGUUCUUUCAAUAGAAGAUUUAUGCCUCUUGGUAGUAGAUGAGUGCCAUGAUGCUAUGCCUGGUUCACCCCUGGAUGAGGUAAUGCAGCUGUAUGAGAUAUGUCCAGAAGGGAAUCGACCACGACUCUUAGGACUCACUGCCAACAUCCUCAAUAAGGACAGUGAACCUCAUCAAAUCCAGGAUUGCAUCAUCCAUCUGGAAAGAGGGAUUCAUUGUUCUGUAGAGUCAGCUAGUGAUGUCACCUCUGUCCUCCGGGUUUCAUCAAAAUGUCAGGAGUAUAUCCUGGAAUGCCAUACUUAUGAGGAGCACAAAGAAGUUCGUGCCCAGAUUAAGAAGUUGGUGGAAUCCAAUUUGGCAUGGGUGGAAGAUCAUGUCUAUGAUCCCAGCAUCAUAUAUGGUGAAGAAUUUUAUGAAUAUUACGCUGACAUUCCCGAUCCCAAUACAGAGCCCAAGCGGCUUCUCCGGGAAUUCCUCUACAUUUUGGACAACUUAGGGUUGUGGUGUGCAGACAAGGCAGCUUUGCACAUCCUGUUUGAGACAGAGAAACUGAGGAAGAAAACCCCUCAUGAUCGUCACUACCUCCUUCUUUGCCUUGUUUUCACCACCUUUCUUCAGAUCAGAGCCAUCCUGGAUCGAGUGUUCAAGCCGUACUCAGACCGUGAACGCCUGUUCCUCUUCUCCACUGACAAGCUCUUGCGAUUGCUCAAGAUUUUCCAUCAGUAUAAGCUCUGUGAGGGGCCAAAAUCAAGUGACCUCAAUUUGGAAGUGAGAGAGGUAUGGAAGAAGAAGGAAGCCAUUGAUGCUUGUGAAGAUGAUAUGGUGCGACCUGAGCCUGAAGAAAAUGGCAAGAAUAAGUCAAUGACAGAUAGUGAAGGAAUGGAUUGUAGCACCAAUGAGAAAGAAAUGUCUUUUGAUCUUGUUGAUCAUGAUGGUGGCUGUGAAGACAGAAAAGAUCUAUUGGCCAAUGGAAAUGACUGUGGGAGUCAGUCAAGUGUUCUUUUAGAGAAGAAACAGGGAACAAAUGAGGUCCCUGAUGGAUCUCAAUCUAGUGUUGUCUGUGAUAUCAACAAUGUGACAGAACAUGGAAAGAGGGACGGAGCUCAGGAAGAGACAGGAAGACCUGAGCGGCCUGAUGUGCGCUCCAUGUAUGAUCCAGACAAUCCUCAUUGCCUCUGUGGUAUGAUCUUUGUCGAGAGACGAUGGGUGGCCAAAGUUCUAUUUCUCUAUCUUCGAGAUCUGAGCUUUACACAUCCAGACUUUGCAUUUCUCUCCCCACUUUUCACUGCUGAAGCAACGCACAAAGGGGAAACAAAUUCUCGAGAAGCAGAGGCAGAACAUAGAAAACAGGAGGAGGUCCUGCGCAGGUUCCGUGGACAUGAAUGCAAUGUCCUCGUGGCAACAGGAGUGGUAGAGGAAGGUGUGGACAUCCCUCGUGCGAACCUGGUGAUUCGCUUUGAUCAGCCAUCCAGCUUCAGUUCCUAUGUUCACUCAAAAGGGAGAUGUCGCAACAUUCACGCUCACUACCUUCAUCUUGUCACUGCAGAUGCCCUGGAUGACUACAUGGGUCUCAUUGCCAAAUACCAUGUCAUGGCUCAGAUUCUGCUGGAGAGAUGCCACUUCAGAGAGGUGCCAAUUGAUCAGGAAGUAAACCUGAGUUAUGUUGACACCAUCCUUCCUGCUUUUGCUCCUCCUAGCAACCCUGAUGGGAAGCUUUUGCCUUCUAAAGCCAUCUCUCUCAUCAACAAGUACUGUGCCAAACUCCCCAGUGACACAUUCACCCGCUUGACACCCCUGUGGUCAGUGGAAGAAUCCUGUAUAAAUGGGCAAAAGAAGUUGUCCUUCCGCUGUCGCAUUCGCCUUCCUAUCAACUCUCCAUUCAAGCAGUCUAUUUUAGGUCCAGCCUUCCCUCUUCCAGCCUUGGCUAAAAUUGGAGCAGCUUUGGAACUCUGUCAAAUGCUUCAUCAGGAAGGUGAACUAGAUGAUCAGCUAAACCCUGUAGGCAAGGAAUCCAUCAGGGCACAGGAGUUGCUCAAGAAGCAAGAUGCUGAAUUCCAGGAGGAGAUGGAGUCAAUUUCUGAAGGUGCCCCACGCCCUGGCACCACAAAACGGAGGCAGUACUACUUCAAAAAGGUUGCAUCAGUCCUUCGUGACUGCACCCCUGAGGUCAGCAAGCAGCUGUACCUGUAUAAGAUCCACAUGACUCUCACAUGCCCCAUUCCCGAAGAGCAAAAUACACGAGGAAGGAAGAUUUAUGCCCCUGAAGAUGCUCAGCAGAGUUUGGGCAUCCUCACUUCUAAGUGCAUUCCACAGGUGAGUGGGUUUCCAAUCUUCACUCGAUCGGGAGAAGUGGCUGUGAGCCUGCGGUUCCUCUCCAGUGAGAAUGUGACAUCUGAGGACCAGCUCAACAAGAUCUGUCAUUUCCACUUGUUCGUUUUCAAAGAGGUUCUCCGUCUGGAGAAGUAUCCCAUGAUGUUUGAACCCUCAAAAGGAAACAUGGGCUUCUUUGUUGUGCCUCUCUUUUGUGAUGGAAAUGGUGGUGAAACAUUGGAUUGGAGAUUCAUCGAGGAGAUCUGUGAUUUAGGGACAGUUCAGCCUGAGACAAUUUCUGAUGAAGAGAGGAAAGAUUACAAUUUCUGUGAAGAUAAUUACAAAGAUGCUGUUGUCAUGCCAUGGUACCGUAAUCAGGACCAGCCUCAGUAUUUCUAUGUGGCUGAAAUAUGUCCUUGGCUGAACCCCAAGUCCAACUUCCCUGAUGAAGACUUUGAGACCUUUGAAAAAUACUACCUACUCAAGUAUGGGAUCCAGAUCCAGAAUCUAAGCCAGCCACUGUUGGAUGUUGAUCUCACAUCUGCAAGACUGAAUCUUCUCACUCCUAGGUAUGUCAAUCGGAAGGGAGUGGCUCUUCCCACUUGCAGUGAGCAGACAAAGAGGGCCAGGCGAGAGAAUCUCCAGCAAAAGGUGAUCCUUGUGCCAGAGCUAUGCAGCAUCCAUCCAUUCAGAGCAUCCUUAUGGAGAAAGGCUGUGUGUCUCCCUUGCAUCAUAUAUCGUCUUAACUGCUUAUUGCUUGCUGAUGAAAUUCGAUCCCAGGUUGCUUCUGAGAUUGGGGUUGGGAAACCAUUUAUCACAGAUUCUGGUGGGUCCAUCAUUGAAUUCAGUUGGCCGUGUCUAGACUUUGGCUGGAAUUUGGCUGAUGUCAUCAAGAGGCAGCGCCAGAAGGCAGGAUUGCCUUUGGUUGCUGAACAGGUAGGCAAAGCAGAGACAGAGAGGGAGGAAUCCAAAUGGACAAGCAAUCCAUGUCCAAUAAAGCCUGCACUUGAAGCACCACCACUGAAUAACGUAGAACAGGGGAAUGAAUCCAAGCAUCACAACAUGCAGAAUGAAGAAAAGGAACAGCCAAGUGGGGAGGAUCAGGGAGAAAAAGAGAAAGAGGACAGUGUGGAAGUCAAAGAGGAAAAGAGCAAAGAAAAAUUGAAAGAAGAAGAGGAUGAUGAAUCCAUUCAGGAUGUGCAGCCAAUGGCCAAGGAGAAGCAGCAGCUGAAGCAGGUCCUCAAAGACAUGAUGGAAAUAGGCACCUGGUCCAAUGAUAUGGCUUCCUUGUCUGAACCUGGGAAAGCCGCUCCUGGGGGCCAGGAGGUGUUUGCUUUUGAUGAUCCAGAACUUGGUUCACUUCCACUCAAUCUGGAGAUGUUGUCAACAGGUGAAGAUGAUGAAUUGAUAGGUGUAUUUGGCAGGGAUCAAGGGACUCAAUGGCCCAUCGGAGAGAAGGGUCGCUUCCGUGUGGGUUCUCCAAGCAACUUUGAGGAUUCUGCUCUCAGAUGGGGUGAUCUGGACGAUUCAGGUCAAAUGCCCUGGGGCAUUAUGUCUGGCUGGGGCUCUGUGGAUGAUGACUUAGAUUCUGAUUCUGAUGGAGAUGAUACAGGCAUGAAGAUAGAGUUUCACAAUGACAACACAGCUGAGGCCAUUGAGAAGAACCCUCGUGCAGUACGGGAGGAUAUCUAUGUUGAGGCUCAAGAAGAAUUGCAGUGGGAUUUCGAAGGGGAGGAGGAAGAAGAAUUGAAGACUCAACUAAUGGAAGAUGCUGACAAGAAGGUGACAAUUCAAAAGAAACGUCUUCUCUCCAGCAAUAUACACAUUCAUGCAGAUGAAGAUUGUGACCUGAAACUUGGUUGUGAUGUCAAUCCCAUGUUGGGAAUAAAUGAUCAGACUUUCAGUCUGAAUUUAGAUGGACACUUCCAGGAUCUGAAGGCAUUUAAGUCUUCAGAGCUCAUUUCAGGUUCUCAUGUAGAGUUGGGAGAGAUCCUGGUCCUAGAUUGGGGUGUUUUGGAAUGGUUGAAAGCAGAAAACAGAGGAGCUUUGAAAUUCAGCUUUGAUUACCAGCCAGACUUGGAAUCUCAUCCAGGGCCCAGCCCCAGCGUCAUGCUUCAAGCCCUCACCAUGUCCAAUGCCAAUGAUGGAAUAAAUUUGGAACGUCUGGAGACAGUGGGAGACUCCUUUCUCAAGUUUGCCAUCACCACAUAUCUCUUUCUUGCUCAUCCCAAUGUCCACGAAGGGAAGUUAAGUUAUUUACGUUCCAAACAAGUGAGUAACCUACACUUGUAUCGUCUAGGGAGGAAGUGUGGACUGGGAGAAUGCAUGGUUGCUGCAAAAUUUGAGCCUCAUGACAACUGGCUCCCACCAGGGUACAGAGUUCCUCAGGAACUCGAGCAAGCUCUCAUUGAAUCAGGAGUCCCAACCACUAGGUGGAACUUUGCCGAACUUCCAGAUUUCCGAACCAUGGAUUCUGCCCAGAUUCGGGCAGUGGUGCAGGAGAAAUCAGAGCAGAUCCGAAGCAGCUCCAAGGUGGAUGAUUCUGCCUUCUCAUCCAAUCCUGGUGAUUUCCCCUGUUUCCUCCCCUACAAUCUCCUAACUCAACACAGCAUUCCCGAUAAAAGCGUAGCAGACUGCGUUGAAGCACUAAUUGGUGCAUAUCUCAUCACUUGUGGACAACGGGGAGCCCUACUCCUUAUGGCAUGGCUGGGUCUCCGUGUUCUUCCUCUGAAGGACGAGGAAUUUCCCAAGGCAGAUGUGCUGACAUCUCUUCAACCCUGUCCUCGUAUUGCUGGAAAAAAUGAUUCCUCUCCAAAUUAUGGAUUCCUUAAGCCACCCCAGUCUCCAUUCCUAGCCUAUACUAUGGACCCUGUUGCACAGUUGUCUGAACUCUUGGAAGGAUAUGAAGAGUUUGAAGAACUGAUUGGAUACAAGUUUCAGGACAGGAGCUACCUCCUCCAGGCAUUUACACAUGCCUCAUAUUAUCCCAACCAGGUUACAGACUGCUACCAGCGACUUGAGUUCCUUGGUGAUGCAGUUCUAGAUUACCUGAUAACGCGUCACUUGUAUGAAGACCACCGGCAGCACAGUCCUGGAUCUCUGACUGAUCUCCGCAGUGCCCUGGUGAACAAUACCAUUUUUGCCUGCUUGGCUGUGAAGUACAACUUUCACAAGUACUUCAAGCACCUCUCCCCAGGUCUCUUCACUGUCCUGGAGAAGUUUGUCUCCCUCCAGAUCCAGAAUGGUCAUCAGAUCACAGAAGAAUUUUACUGGUUGGAAGAGGAAGAAGUGGAGGAAGCUGAGGAUGUAGAAGUUCCCAAGGCCUUAGGGGAUGUGUUUGAGUCUGUGGCUGGAGCCAUUUACUUGGACUCAGGGUUAUCUCUUGAUGCUGUCUGGCAAGUCUACUAUCGGAUAAUGAAAGGACAGAUUGAACAAUUCAGCACAUAUGUCCCAAAGUCCCCCAUCAGGGAAUUGCUGGAGAUGGAGCCAGAAACAGCCAAGUUUGGGAAGCCAGAGCGCCUGCUGGAUGGGAGAGUGCGAGUAUCGGUCGAGGUGUACGGGAAGGGGACGUUCAAGGGCAUAGGUCGCAACUACCGCAUUGCCAAGUCCACAGCUGCCAAAUGUGCCCUGCGAAGCCUCAAGAAGCGAACCGAUGCUGCUGCUCCGGCUAGAUCCAAUCUCUGAUGCUAUCCGUCCACUAGUGACCUCUUUGUUCCUUCUCCACUGUGUCACCUGU